UUAUAUAAAUUACUCAAAGGAGUUCUCAUUUUUCCUUAACUCGCGCUUACUACCAAGCUCUAAGUCACACUAAAAACUCAUUAAAUAAUACAUAUAAAACUAUUACAAAUGUCUAAAUUGCUUUCUUUUUUCUUAGUUGAAAACAAGCAAUCAAAUAUUGUUUUUAAAUAAAAUAUUUCAUCAAAAACUACUAAUCCAGCUGUGCCAAUUCAAAAAUAAAACAAUUAAUCCUCAGCUGCUAUUAUAUAAUCUGCUAACAUAAAUAUCCAUAAUAAUAAAAAUAAAAAGGUAUAAAAAUCUGAAUGUAAAAGACAGCUAAAAAUUACUUAACUCAUGCAAAAUACUAAGUAAAGUCAACCUACUUAACCUUUUCAAUAAAUCAACAAAUGCGGCUAAAAAAUCAUUAAUAAUAAACCUAAAGAAUAAUAAUAAUAAUAAAAACUUAAAUAAAACUCUAUAAUAAUUUAAACUUCUUAAUAAUAAAAAACUGAUUAAACAAUAUAUAAUUCACCUCCUUACUGUAUGCUUACUUAAGAAGAAAAAGGGGGUCAACUAAAUAAUUUAUAAUAAUAUGUUGAGAAAUAAUAAGUAAAACAGCUUAACCACAAACCAGCACAAAUAGAUUAAUUUUCCUCUUCAUCUUUAUAAAAUUAAGAAACUGAGACUCAAAUUACAAAUGAUUCACCUUGCUCUCCACCUUACUAAAUAUCUUCAUCAAAUAAUCAAAAUUUAAAAUUAAAGAAAACAAAAUUAAGAAGCUUUGAAAAAGAAGAAGAUAUUUUAGUCAGCGAAUUUGAAAUAAACUUUUGCAAAAAAAAAUGCUAAGAAAGUUCACAAUAAAUCUUUGAAGCUUCUCCAGAAUUUACUUAGGAGGGAGGAUAGUAGUAAAUUUUUGAAUUCAGAAAAAAGCAAAUUAGCUUUUUGUCUUAAAAUACUUGUGAUAAUGAUGAAAGCUACUUUACAUCAUUUAAUGAUAAUUUUUAAGCAGCUUAAGAUCUUUUUACUUGCACAGAAACUCUCUCUCCUAAUUGUUUUGCUAUGAAUGAAAGUCCUUAAUCUGAUAGCGAAACAUAAAAACUACAAUUAAGUUAAUAAAAUAAUAAAUUAUCUUUAAAAAAUCGUCUUAAAAUUAUUGAUUCUACCAGCAAACAAUCUCAUAAGAAUGAAUUAGAUGAUUUUGAGAAGAAUAUAACAAUCUAAAGUGCUGAGAAGGAGUUAAACUAUUAGUAAGAAUAUAUUGAUAACUUGAUGAAGCUAGAAAAAGAUUACUAUUUUGAAUGCAGUAUUUUUGAAAACAAAAACUGUCAAAUUGACAGAAAAAUGAGAUAUAUUGUUAUUAACUGGAUAUUUGAACUUUGUUCAGAUUAUAAUUUAAAUCGUUAAACAUGCUAAACAGCUAUCAAUAUUUUUGAUAGAUAUAUUUCAAAAAAAAUUAGCUCAAUAAAUAAAUAAAAUAUUCAGUUGAUCGCUGCAACUUGUGUUUAUAUUUCUUCCAAAAAAGAAGAAUAAGUCAGUCCUAAGCUAAAACAUUUUAUAGAAUCUACAAAAAAUGUUUUUACUGUCAACUAAUUCCUCAAUCAAGAAUUAGAUAUACUCAAUAUUCUCAAUUUUAAAAUUAAUGGAGUUUGCUUUGAAGAAUGGUUAUAGAAUAUUUGCUAAUAUUGGGAUGAAUUUAUAAAUUAAGUUUAGAAUUCUUAAUAUCACUAAAAAAUCUACUUCAAUAAUAAGACUGAAGAAUCUAAACUGAGAUAUUCUCAGCUUUAAAAAGUUAUAGAUUUAAUACAAUUAGAUGAAGAAAGCAAUAAUUAUAAUAAAUCAAACAUUGUUCUUGCUUUGAUCUAUUUGGUUUAUGGUAUUUAUUCUUAAGAUUUCCUGCUAAAUGACGUAGUGACUUAUUUCUCUUCAAUAAAUAUGUAUUACCAUAGAGACUACUUCUAGCAAUAUAACAAAUUAAUGUUAUCAUUUAAGCAAUUCAUUUUUAUCAAUAACGCUCACUUUUCAACUGCCUUAAAUGAAGAAUCUUUCAUAUAAGCUAUUUAAUAUGUAUCAAAAUUUUUUGGAUACUUUCAAAAACCUCAAUAAUCUCAAAAGGUAAUCGAAAACAACACUGAAUGCAUCUAAAAGCAAUUUAUUAUUGAAAAUGGAUUAGAAUUCAUACUUGAUAUGAAAAAUUAAUAACAAACUAAAAGUUCUUGA